UUUUCUGGAAAUCAGUGAAAUGUGGAUUUCCUCCAGGUAAUAUUUUAUCAUCGCGCAAUGCUCUAGAGUUGUCUUUACUUUGGGAAUGAAUCAGGAUAUAAGUUUAUUGCGUCUCAUAUUUCUCUGCAGCAGAUCUGAGUUGUUCUCAGUCCCUGGAAGAGUGAGAGGAGUGCGGUGUGCACUAUGAGCGGGGCAGCGCUGGGAAUAGAGAUUGUGGUUGUCUUUUUCCUGGCUCUCUUCCUCCUGCAUCGCUAUGGCGACUUCAAGAAGCAGCAGCGCAUGGUUCUUUUUGGCACACUGCUGGCUUGGUAUUUAUGCUUUCUCAUCGUCUUCAUUCUUCCCCUGGAUGUCAGCACGACAAUCUACAAGCAGUGUUUAAUUGAUCACGAAGCACAUGCCCAGACGCCCUCUGUGAGCCCUGUCCUUUCAAACCAGACAACUCCAAAUACCUCCAUCUCACCCAGUAAAAGCACCCAAAGAGUGUGCUAUAAACCAUGGAGCUACAUUCCAGAUGGCAUCAUGCCCGUGUUCUGGAGGGUUGUUUAUUGGACCUCACAGUGUCUUACGUGGCUCCUUCUGCCAUUCAUGCAGUCGUAUGCUCGUUCUGGAGGAUUCUCCAUUACUGGAAAGAUCAAGACGGCUCUCAUUGAGAAUGCCAUCUAUUAUGGCACAUACCUUUUCAUCUUCGGCUCUCUUCUCAUUUACGUGGCUGUGCAUCCUCAGUGGCACCUCUCCUGGUAUGAGCUGCAAACCAUCGGCAUCACUGCGGCCAACACUUGGGGUCUGUUUCUUCUAGUGUUGCUGUUGGGCUACGGCCUGGUCGAGAUUCCUCGAUCGUACUGGGAGGCCUCCCGCCAGGGACACCUCCUCAUCAAGACUUACUUCAAAGCAGCCAAGCUCAUGACGGAGAAGGCAGAUUCAGAGGAGAACCUAGAAGAUGUCAUGGAGGAAGUGAGAAAAAUCAAUGAAUCGAUCAAAUAUAAUCAUCCAUUGAGGAAGAACGUGGACACCAUUCUUCGAAAGUGUCCAGUUGAAUAUCAGGAGAAAAUGGGCAGGAACAUGGAUGACUUUGAGGAUUUUGAUGAUAAACAAACAUAUCCUACUGAAAGAAGCCUUUCCAAACUACACAAGCAGGUGAUUUAUGCCGUGCAGCGACACAAUCGCACCCGCGUUCAGUGGCAGAUAUUGCUGGAACAGGCUUUCCAUCUUGAGGACGUUGCUAAUAACGAAACCAGCACCUCUCGGCAGUUCGUUCACAGCUUUGCCCCUCCAGAACCUGUAGGCUGGUUCAGACGCUACAUUUAUACUCCCUCAGUAGAGUGGUACUGGGAGUGUUUGCUGAAGCAGUGGUUUUACCGUAUACUGUCUGUGGUUCUGUCACUCUUUUCGGUGGCUGUGGUUUGGUCCGAGUGCACUUUCUUCAGCACUCGUCCCGUUCUGUCACUCUUUGCUGUGUUUAUCCAGCUUGCUGAGAGGGAUUACAACUACCUGUACAUUGAGAUGGCGUGCUUCAUUACCAUCUUUUUCCUCUGCACCUGCGUCUACUCCACUGUGUUUCGCAUCCGAGUCUUCAACUACUACUACCUGGCCUCACAUCACCAAACCGACGCUUACAGCCUGCAGUUCAGCGGCAUGCUUUUUUGCCGCUUGACACCCCCGCUUUGUCUAAACUUCCUGGGACUUAUUCAUAUGGAUUCUGCCAUAUCCCACCAAGCAAAGGAGCAGACGGCAUACACCUCUAUCAUGGGUUCUAUGCGCGUCCUGUCCUUCAUUGCCAACGGCUUCUACAUCUAUUACCCCAUGCUGAUCGUCAUUCUCUGCAUUGCUACAUACUUCAGUCUUGGCACACGUUGCCUGAACCUCCUGGGUUUCCAGCAGUUCAUGGGAGACAAUGAACUGACCUCUGACCUCAUAGAUGAAGGCAGAGAACUCCUGCGCAGAGAAAGAAGAAAAUGCCAAAGAAUAGAAGAUGGGGAGAACAGACGACGAGAAUGGAGAGAGCGUUAUGCACAAAGAGAUGAGAUUGCUGCCAGAAACCAGAUGUCCAUGUCUGAGAUGAAGGAAACCAACUAUGGCGAAACCCUAAAUUCAAACACAAACCGGCAGGCCAAGUACACCCAUAGCAGCAGCCAGACAGGACGGGAUAGCAUUGAGUUGUUGCAGGACGCGGAGCCGUUGGACUUUAAUGCUGCAACACUCAAUGAUGACCCUUUGCAAUCUGAACCUGGCAGACAUGCCGGUGGAAGGUACCUCUCAAUGUCUUCUUCUCGAAGCCGAAUCUUUGAUGAUGUUUGAUGUUUCUCACUUUGAUCAGAAACACUGUCAUGAGAAAAUAAGCUGAAUUUUACCUCUAAAACACUAAUCUCUACAGGUUUGGUCUGUCCCUAUCAUUUUAAACAUCUUCGACUUCCUGUAUCCUGUAAUGCAGUGUAUUCAUCUGCAUGCGUCCUGAUAAACACACAGACACAUAGAAAAAUGGACUUGUUUUGAAGUGCCAGGCAUUCAGACUGCUACUUGAGACAAAUGGGAAAUGUCUCUUUAGCUCACAGUUCCUUCUAGAAAUAAGUCAAAGUUAAUGCUGAACAGUCAAGCACUGAGUCAUAAAAGUACUACAGAUGGGGAAGAUUUAGAUCAACACACUGUUUCUCAUCAUUUACUACUGAUAGGUAUCAGGUAAUGUACCUGAGUGUUUACAUCAGUCAAGUAAAUAUGAACUGACGUCAAUGUGGCCAAUUUGUGUUAGUUGUUAUUGUGAAUAGAGAUUUUAUGGGUCUAGAUAUAGGUUGUCUUACAGAAUACUGUGCAGGUUUUUUUUUUUUUUUUUUUUAACAUG